GACGAUCAGAAGCCUCCAAAUGAUCCGGACGAGGAUGCAGCUGCGAGAAUGCGUCUCAAGCGAAAACUGCAACGAAACCGUACGUCUUUCAGCCAAGAGCAGAUUGAAGCUCUUGAGAAAGGUGAAUCAAAUCAAAUUUUUGGACUUGUUUGGUUUUCAAAUCGCCGAGCAAAAUGGAGGCGGGAAGAGAAGCUACGCAACAAACGACCAGGUGGACUUAUGGAUACUUCCAUGUCGAAUGGCACACCUACACCAACGGGUUCGGGUCCCGGAAGUGCUAUCGACGGUUCCCCAGCACCACCACCGAAUCGUUUUCCACCGAAUCCGACUGCAGUUAGCACAAGCUUCGUACCAUCUGCGGGUCAAAUGUAUACCGGUUUAGCACCUCAGGCCAUGGACCCAUACGCGUGA